GUAAAUAUACGUGUUUUUUUAACAACAUGAUGACAAUGCGAAUGCGUGCAGUCGCGCCAGGGAAUUGUUUCAGAUUCUGAUUUUAACACGGUAAUCUAAGGACGUUUGCUAUAAUCCUCUAGUCUAGAUUACUACCGGUAACAAACAGCAGGCAGUGGCAGUCUGUAGGACACUGACCGUAUGUGUUUGUUACAGAAGCUGCGUCGUCACUUAACAUGGCUGAUGAACGUAAACAUGUCACGGUUCUGCUGUAGAGUUGAGGCGCAGUUGUUCGAAUUUCGAUUGUGAUCAUCGAUGAAUAACUGAAAUAAAUGAGGUCACAAGACCUUGGUUGUGUUCAUGGCCCUACUUCCUUCAUCAUUAGUAGUUUUCGCAUUUUAAAAAAAGAAAGAAAACGAACUACAUUUGAUUAAGUUUGAAUACUAUUUCUGGAAGUGAUACAUCUUCUACAAGUGAUACAUCGGCUUCUGUGUACUUGUAUUUGUUUAACAAAUACAACGCUGCUCCAGUGAAUCAGAUAUGUUUGACUAUGGCAUGCGUACAUUUGAAAGGUAACCAGGAGUGCAAAAUGUUCAUCGCAAAAAAUAACGUUAAUACAUACAUACAUAGACACGAUGUGUCCCACACUCGUUAAGCACAAAUAUGCUUGCGUUAUAAACCAUCAAGUCUAAAUGCCUUCACUCACUUAAAGUGCAUUCUGUACUGUUGCAUGUUGUUAACGUUGACGUUUUGGGCACAAAAUUGAACCACUAGGUGGCAGUGAGUCAAGUCAAAUGUGACAAUGUUGAAAUAAAUGAGGCACAAAUGUCUUUGCGUUUGGGUGUGUUCCUCCCCCGCUCUCUGUCACUGUUUACUUGUGAUGUUUGCAUUUUUUCUCCCACUUAUCGUUUCUCAGAUACGUGUUCAGGGGGUUGUCUCUCUCUCUCUCUCUCUCUCUCUCUGUGUCUGUCUGUCUCUUCUUCUAUCUUUGCUGGUGUUGUUUGCAUUUUUCACCAGUUCCUCUAAAAUAACUUUGAAGGAGACAUAAUCUGAGACCUGGGACAUGGAUUUGGAAACAAUGAAAUGGUGAAGGGUUCUGUAGUCAAGGUCAGAGAGUUUCCCCAUGGCCUCCCUGCUGGCUCUUUGUAAAUACACUUCAUCUCUGAGGUGGGCUCUUUCCCGACGCUCCUUUCUCCUCUGUUUGGGUAGAAUCCAGCCCUCUUCAGCCUCAGCCAGACCCCAGUUUUUAGGAAACGGUGUGGUCCUGUUUCACCAUCGUGAACGCAGAUCCAGUCCUAAAGCAAACGAGCCCAGUUCAGUCUCCUCUGUUUCUGAGGCGUUAACGAUGGGGAUGUGGUCCCUGGGUCUGGGUGCCAUCGGCGCUGCCCUGGCUGGAAUCUUCUUAGCAAACACUGAUCUGUGUCUACCUAAACCUGCCAAAGCAUCAACAGAAUACCUGCAGGAUGCUGAUCUGAGAUCAACCACAGAUGACACUGUUAUCAAGGCACGGAGUCUGUGGGAGAAGAACGGGGCCGUGGUCAUGGCCGUACGAAGGCCUGGAUGAUUUUUGUGCAGAGAGGAGGCCUCUGAGCUGUCCUCUCUGAAAUCCCAGCUUGAAGAGCUCGGUGUUCCUCUGGUCGCUGUGAUCAAGGAGAAUAUCGAGCCAGAGGUCGCGCAGUUUCGACCUUUCUUCGCUGGGGACAUCUAUGUAGAUGAAAAGAAAUUCUUCUACGGUCCACUGGAGAGAAAGAUGGGCUUUCUCGGGUUCCUUCGCCUCAGUGUGUGGCAGAACUUCAUCAGAGCCUGGAGAUCUGGUUAUGAGGGCAACACGAACGGCGAGGGCUUCAUCCUGGGUGGGGUGUUUGUCAUCGGACCUGGAGAUCAGGGAAUUCUCCUGGAACACCGUGAGAAAGAGUUUGGAAAUAAGGUGAAGCCUGCAGAUAUAUUGGCGGCCGUGAAGAAAAUUGGUCCCCUUGAGUAAUUUUUUUUCUGUACAAAAUGUUCACGUGCUGAAUUUAGAGAUUUAUUUUUAAGGUUUUAUUGUCAUGUCCAUCCCUCACUGAAGUACUGGUAUUAUAAUAACCUUGUCACAAUGAUUUAACAAGCUGUGACACACACACACACAACAAAAGCUGUUGUUUGUUAAACACGGGUAUGAAGAAACGGGCAGCAUUUAUUUAGGUGUUAAACAACCAACGAUAUUAAGAUGAAAUCCUGCUUGAAGAAACAUUUUAGAACCCUUGAAUUAGGAUUCAUCCUUUGAUCUUGUUGCCUGUUUUUUCUUCUCCUGUUCUGAUGCAUGAAUAUUCCUUCUGUUACACACGGGGCACACAGGCGUUUGUGUGAUUAUGACGACCUGAUUGUAAACUCAACACUGGGUCACUCAGGUCUGAGGCUCAAACACACAAAUGUUUAGAAGCUGCUGUUGCUGCAGAGGAGUAGUUGUACUUCCAGAGACAGGUGUUGGUGUGAUAUUGCAUGAAAGAAAUAUCGUUUGUACCUUCGUGUGCCAGGAGUAGCUGCAGACAAUAAAAACCUCAUCACUGGAUCCUUA